UGGUAGAGACCGCUUCCAUGGGAUUAUCGCGUUAACGCGCACACUAGCCAGCAAACGUUACAGGUGGAGCCGAAAGAUAAUAUCGAUGUGAAAUGGAAGAUACUUUGGAUCAAUUUCUAACGAUGUAGACUGAGAAUAAAUAGUGCUAUUACCGGUAAGUCGUGUCGGUCUAUUGGUAUUUGAACUUGCGCGAGCAGCAUUUGUUGGGUUGUUCUUCAUGGGUGAGAUACAUUUGUAACAAGUGAAAUGAUUCUCAACUAGCAAGCUAACUAGCCAGCCACCUUGGUAGCAGGUAAAGUGGUGUAACAAGAUUAUUAUCCACGGCGUGCACUCCUUUUAGUGGACACGUUUGACUAGUUUUAAGGUGUAGUGAUUUUCACCUGUCCUAUUCAGUAAUAAAAGUAACUCAUCAAUAUUAGCCCGAUUAAAUUAAAGGGUUAUAGCACGUACGUUUUAUAACUCACCUUUUCCCAUCUGUCAUUCCUUUCAUUUCUUUAUCAGAAUCAGAAAUGUAUUAUUUUACAUCGUUUUUAUGAGUCAUAAUAACACACCUCAUGGACUAUAGACAUAGUCCAGGUGUGAGGUUGAAUCAGCAGGUAAAUCACAGUCAAGUCAGAAACAUUGACUAACUGAGAAUUAUGCAAACGUCUGUUAUUAAUUAUGAGAAGUGCUUUCAAUCAUGUAUUAGAUGGAACCUCUUUUUGACUAGCUGUCCACUGUUUUUUAAAAUCUAUUCUCCCAAAGAUGUCAUCAACACAGAAUGACUUUAAAUAUCUGAACAAUAGGUAAUAUUUUCAAUUUAUUCAAAGAUUGUUUAUAUUGUAAUAGGGAAAUGGGUUUAUGUCAAUGAACAUGUAAUUAACCCAGAACCAAACGUCUUGCGUAAUUGGUCAAAUGUUUAUGUAAUCUGUGGUCCUCUGUAGCUCAAUUGGUAGAGCAUGGCGCUUGUAACGCCAGGGUAGUGGGUUCGAUCCCCGGGACCACCCAUAUGUAAAAAUGUAUGCACACAUGACUGUAAGUCGCUUUGGAUAAAAGCGUCUGCUAAAUGGCAUAUCAUUUUUAUUAUUCAUGAGAGAUGAAUGAACAUGUUGUCAUUGUUGUGUAUUAUCGACACACAUAGCUGGUAACACGAUGUCAAAUCCCAGUGCAAUUGGUACGCUGCAUGACAGCUCAGAGGCAGGAAACAUUGGUGUAAAUUCUCUAAAUCAAUAAGGAUUGAUUUUACCAGUGGAAACACAUUGGACAUGACCAGCCUGGUAUGCCGAUAUUCCCAGUGGCAAAGUGGGACCUGCUCAAUUAAAUAGUCAAUAUGUCAGUUGGCAGAAGUUGGGUAUUCCCAUAAAACUGUAAGGAGGAGCCUCUGUGAGCAGCGUGAGAUUUGAAGGAGUUCAAAUUUUCCUUUGUCUCCCAGCUCCUGCUGAGACUUGCCCAUGAUGUGUUUGUGUAGGCAGCCUAGCCAUGCAUGUUUCACUGAUUGUGCUCAAUUUGUUAGAACAGGGCCUAGUAAAUAAAAUAAAAGGUUAUUGUCUGUUUAUACUCAAGUCAUUGUAUAAAACAUUGUUUCAUAAAUUGUUAUAGCCUACAGUGCUGUGAAAAAGGAUUUGCCCCCUUUCUAAUUUUCUCUACUUUUGCAUAUUUGUGAUACUGAAUGUUAUCAGAUCUUCAACCAAAACCUAAUAUUAGAUAAAGGGAACAUAAGUGAACAAAUAACACAACAAUUACAUAUUUAUUUCAUAAACAAAGUUAUGCAACACCCAAUUCCCCUGUGUGAAAAAGUAAUUGCCCCCUUACACUCAAUAACUGGUUGUGCCAUCUUUAGCUGCAAUGACUCCAACCAAAUGCUUCCUGUAGUUGUUGAUCAGUCUUUCACAUCGCUGUGGAGGAAUUUUGGCCCACUCUUCCAUGCAGAACUAGAAAGGGGGCAAAUACUUUUUCACAGCACUGUAUAUGAAGUCCCCAGUGGCUUCACUAUACAUAACCCUGGUCACUCAUAACCCCAUUCACGGCAAAAACGUUUAGCAAUUCGUUUUAUUAUUCCAGCUAAUUAACUUUCUCAACCUAAUAACACAUCUGGUGGCCUAUUGUCAUCUUGAUAAAAUUAUUUAUUUUAGUUAUCUGAGCUAGCGAAAACAUAAUCUCGUCCUGAACUGGGUGUGUUUUCUCCACACAAUGGUGUUUCACAACAGUGGCUAUGACACAAGGACUGUCAGAGGUGAACUCCCAGUUUCCUGUUCAAACCCAGCCCCAUGGAACACACUGUCACUGCCAUUCACAGCUCUGGUAAAUCAGUUACAGUUACAAACUCAAUUCUGGGCAGCAGUAGCCUACAGAUUAGGAGAGGGCAUUUUUGCUCAAGUCAAAUGUAGAAGCACUACUAAGGCCUAUUUUCAGACCAUUUGCACCAAAUCAAUCUCCAGAUGAUGAUAUUGGAGUGUCAGUGCAAGUUUGGGUUUUAGUGUUCUGGGUGCUGCCAUAUCAGGUCCGCCACAAAGUACACAUGUGGAUGCCCUUUGCCUUCUCUAGUGGAGCGCUACAUAUUUAACUAUGCCAGAGGUGGUUGAACUUAAUAUCCACGACUAAAAAUAUAUUUAUGACAGUAAAGCCUUUAUUCAAAAUGAAUUUAAAAAAUAUACAGUGGGGAAAAAAAGUAUUUAGUCAGCCACCAAUUGUGCAAGUUCUCCCACUUAAAAAGAUGAGAGAGGCCUGUAAUUUUCAUCAUAGGUACACGUCAACUAUGACAGACAAAUUGAUGAAAAAAAAUCCAGAAAAUCACAUUGUAGGAUUUUUAAUGAAUUUAUAUGCAAAUUAUGGUGGAAAAUAAGUAUUUGGUCACCUACAAACAAGCAAGAUUUCUGGCUCUCACAGACCUGUAACUUCUUCUUUAAGAGGCUCCUCUGUCCUCCACUCGUUACCUGUAUUAAUGGCACCUGUUUGAACUUGUUAUCAGUAUAAAAGACACCUGUCCACAACCUCAAACAGUCACACUCCAAACUCCACUAUGGCCAAGACCAAAGAGCUGUCAAAGGACACCAGAAACAAAAUUGUAGACCUGCACCAGGCUGGGAAGACUGAAUCUGCAAUAGAUAAGCAGCUUGGUUUGAAGAAAUCAACUGUGGGAGCAAUUAUUAGGAAAUGGAAGACAUACAAGACCACUGAUAAUCUCCCUCGAUCUGGGGCUCCACGCAAGAUCUCACCCCGUGGGGUCAAAAUGAUUACAAGAACGGUGAGCAAAAAUCCCAGAACCACACGGGGGGACCUAGUGAAUGACCUGCAGAGAGCUGGGACCAAAGUAACAAAGCCUACCAUCAGUAACACACUACGCCGCCAGGGACUCAAAUCCUGCAGUGGCAGACGUGUCCCCCUGCUUAAGCCAGUACAUGUCCAGGCCCGUCUGAAGUUUGCUAGAGUGCAUUUGGAUGAUCAAGAAGAGGAUUGGGAGAAUGUCAUAUGGUCAGAUGAAACCAAAAUAGAACUUUUUGGUAAAAACUCAACUCGUCGUGUUUGGAGGACAAAAAAUGCUGAGUUGCAUCCAAAGAACACCAUACCUACUGUGAAGCAUGGGGGUGGAAACAUCAUGCUUUGGGGCUGUUUUUCUGCAAAGGGACCAGGACGACUGAUCCGUGUAAAGGAAAGAAUGAAUGGGGCCAUGUAUCGUGAGAUUUUGAGUGAAAACCUCCUUCCAUCAGCAAGGGCAUUGAAGAUGAAACGUGGCUGGGUCUUUCAGCAUGACAAUGAUCCCAAACACACUGCCCGGGCAACGAAGGAGUGGCUUCGUAAGAAGCAUUUCAAGGUCCUGGAGUGGCCUAGCCAGUCUCCAGAUCUCAACCCCAUAGAAAAUAUUUGGAGGGAGUUGAAAGUCUGUGUUGCCCAGCGACAGCCGCAAAACAUCACUGCUCUAGAGGAGAUCUGCAUGGAGGAAUGGGCCAAAAUACCAGCAACAGUGUGUGAAAACCUUGUGAAGACUUUUGACCUGUGUCAUUGCCAACAAAUGGUAUAUAACAAAGUAUUGAGAAACUUUUGUUAUUGACCAAAUACUUAUUUUCCACCAUAAUUUGCAAAUAAAUUCAUUAAAAAUCCUACAAUGUGAUUUUCUGGAUUUUUUUUCUCAUUUUGUCUGUCAUAGUUGACGUGUACCUAUGAUGAAAAUUACAGGCUUCUUUCAUCUUUUUAAGUGGGAGAACUUGUACAAUUGGUGGCUGACUAAAUACUUUUUUCCCCCACUGUAUUCUACGCACAAUACCCCAUAAUGACAGUGUUUUUAGAAAAUCUUGCUAAUUUAUUGAAAAUUGCCAUCAAAUUGGAUGCACCUGAGCUCAUGUGCAAAUUGAGCUCAGGGGCAUCCAAUUUCUUUUCAUCAUCCUCUUGAUUGGAGUCCACCUGUGGCCAAUUCAAUUGGACAUGAUUUGGACAUAAUUUAGAAAGAAACACACCUGUCUAUAUAAAUUCCCACAGUUGACAGUGCAUGUCAGAGCAGAAACUAUUAUACCAUGUCCAAGGAACUGUCAGUAGAGCUCCGAGAUAGAAUUUUGAUGACACAUAUAUCUGGGGAAGGGUAUAAAAUAGUUUCAACACUCUAGAAAUUAUCUCCAUCAUUGGUAAAUGGAAAAAAUAUGGAACUACCCAGACUCUGCCUAGAUCUGGCCGUCCGACCAAACUGAGCAAACAGGCAAGAGGGACCUUGGUCAGGGAGGUGACCAAGAAACCAAUGACCACUCUGAUAGAACUCCAGAGUUCCUUGGCUGAGAUGGGAGAACCUGCCAGAAGGACAACAGUCUCUACAGCACUUCACCAAUCUGAGCUUUAUGGGAGAGUGGCCAGACUGAAGCCACUCCUGAGAAAAAGGUACAUGACAGCACGCCUGAAGUUUGCAAAAAGGCACGUGAAAGACUGAGCGCAUAAGGCAAAAGAUUCUGUGGUCGGAUGAGACAACAAUUUUACUCUUAGGCCUGAAUGCAAAGUGCUAUGUCUGGAGAAAACCAGGCACAGCUCAUCACCCGUCUAACACCAUCCCUACCAUGAAGCAUGGUGGUGGCAGCAUCAUGCUUUGGGGAUGCUUUUCAGCAGCAGGGACUGGGAGACUGGUAAGGAUAGAGGGAACAAUGAAUGGAGCCAAAUACAGGCAAAUCCUUGAUGAGAAACUGCUUCAAAGUGCAAACGACCUUAGACUGGGGGCGAAGAUUUACGUUCCAACAGCACAAUGACCCCAAGCAUACAGCCAAAGCAAUGCUGGAAUGGCUUCAGAACAAGAAUGUGAAAGUCCUUGAGUGGCCCAGCCAAAGCCCAGUCUUGAAUCCCAUUGAAAAUCUGUGGAAGACUUGAAGAUUGCUGUUCACCGCCACUCCCAAUCUAAUUUAACUGAGCUUGAGGAAAUCUGCAAGGAAUAAUGGGAGAAAAUCCCCAAAUCCAGAUGUGCAAAGCAGAUACAGACACACCCAAGACAACUCAAAGCUGUAAUCGCCACCAAAGGUGCUUCUACAAAGUAUUGACUCAGGGGUGUGAAUACUUAUGCAAAUUAGAUAUUUCUGUAUUUCAUUUUCACAACAUUUGCAAAAAUGUUUUCACUGUCAUUAUGGGGUAUUGUGCGUAGAUGGAUGAGAAACUCUUUAAUCCAUUUUGAAUUCAGGCUGUAACACAACAACAUUUGGAAUAAGUUAAGGGCUAUGAAUACUUUCUGAAGGCCCUGUAUAUACACUGAGUGUACAAAACAUUAGGAACAGCUGCUCUUUCCAUGACAGACUGACCAGGUGAAAGCUAUGAUCCCUUAUUGAUGUCACCUGUUAAAUCCACUUCAAUCAGUUUAGAUGAAGCGGAGGAAACAGGUUAAAGAAGGAUUUUUUAGCCUUGAGACAAUGGAUACAUUGAUUGUGUAUGUGAGCCAUUCAGAGGGUGAAUCGGCAAGACAAGAUUUAAGUGCCUUUGAAAGGGGUAUGGUAGUAGGUGCCAGGCGCACCGGUUUAAGUGUGUCAAGAACUGCAACGCUGCUGGGUCUUUCACGCUCAUUAGUUUCCCGUGUGUAUCAUGAAUGUUCCACCACCCAAAGGACAUCCAGCCAACUUGACACAACUGGGGGAAGCAUUGGAGACACAACUGUGGGAAGCAUUGGAGUCAACAUGGGCCAGCAUCCCUGUGGAACGCUUUCGACACUUUGUAGACUCCAUGCCCCAACGAAUUGAGGCUGUUCUGAGGGCAAAAGGGGGUUCAACUCAAUAUGAGGAAGGUGUUCUUAAUGUUUUGUACACUCAGUUUAUACCCAAUGCAGCAUUUAGCCUAAUUUACACAUUUACCCUACUCUCAACAUCUGCUAUGUACAGUUGAAGUCGGAAGUUUACAUACACUUAGGUUGGAGUCAUUAAAACUCGUUUUUCAACCACUCCACACAUUUCUUGUUAACAAACUAUAGUUUUGGCAAGUCGGUUAGGACAUCUACUUUGUGCAUGACACAAUACAUUUUUCCAACAAUUGUUUACAGACAGAUUAUUUCACUUAUAAUUAACUGUAUCACAAUUCCAGUGGGUCAGAAGUGUACAUACUCUAAGUUGACUGUGCCUUUAAACAGCUUGGAAAAUUCCAGAAAAUGAUGUAAUGGCUUUAGAAGCUUCUGAUAGGCUAAUUGGCAUCAUUUGAGUCAAUUGGAGGUGUACCUGUGGAUGUAUUUCAAGGCCUACCUUCAAACUCAGUGCCUCUUUGCUUGACAUCAUGGGGAAAUCAAAAGAAAUCAGCCAAGACCUCAGAAAAUAAAUUGUAGACCUCCACAAGUCUGGGUCAUCCUUGGGAACAAUUUCCAAAGGCCUGAAGGUACCACGUUCAUCUGUACAAACAAUAGUACACAAGUAUAAACACCAUGGGACCACGCAGCCGUCAUACCGCUCAGGAAGGAGACGCGUUCUGUCUCCUAGAGAUUAACGUACUUUGGUGCGAAAAGUGCAAAUCAAUCCCAGAACAACAGCAAAGGACCUUGUGAAGAUGCUGGAGGAAACAGGUACAAAAGUAUCUAUAUCCACAGUAAAACGAGUCCUAUAUUUACAUUUUAGUCAUUUAGCAGACGCUCUUAUCCAGAGCGACUUACAGUUAGUGAAUGCAUACAUGUUUUUUUAUUUUUUUCAUCGACAUAACCUGAAAGGCCGCUCAGCAAGGAAGAAGCCACUGCUCCAAAACCGCCAUCAAAAAGCCAGACUAUGGUUUGCAACUGCACAUGGGGACAAAGAUCUUACUUUUUGGAGAAAUGUCCUCUGGUCUGAUGAAACAAAAAUAGAACUGUUUGGCCAUAAUGACCAUCGUUAUGUUUGGAGGAAAAAGGGGGUCUUGCAAGCCGAAGAACACCAUCCCAACCGUGAAGCACGGGGUGGCAGCAUCAUGCUGUGGGGGUGCUUUGCUGCAGGAGGGACUGGUGCACUUCACAAAAUAGAUGGCAUCAUGAGGAAGGAAAAUUAUGUGGAUAUAUUGAAGCAACAUCUCAAGACAUCAUUCAGGAAGUUAAAGCUUGGUCUCAAAUGGGUCUUCCAAAUGGACAAUGACCCCAAGCAUACUUCCAAAGUUGUGGCAAACAAGGACAACAAAGUCAAGGUAUUGGAGUGGCCAUCACAAAGCCCUGACCUCAAUCCUAUAGAAAAUUUGUGGGCAGAACUGAAAAAGCGUGUGCGAGCAAGGAGGCCUACAAACCUGACUCAGUUACACCAGCUCUGUCAGGAGGAAUGGGCCAAAAUUCACCCAACUUAUUGUGGAAGGCUACCCGAAAUGAUUGACCCAAGUUAAACAAUUUAAAGGCAAUGCUACCAAAUACUAAUUGAGUGUAUGUAAACUUCUGACCCACUGGGAAUGUGAUGAAAUAAAUAAAAGCUGAAAUAAAUCAUUCUCUCUACUAUUAUUCUGACAUUUCACAUUCUUAAAAUAAAGUGGUGAUCCUAACUGACCUAAGACAGGGAAUUGUUACUAGGAUUAAAUGUCAGGAAUUGUGAAAAACUGAGUUUAAAUGUAUUUGGCUAAGGUGUAUGUAAACUUUCGACUUCAACUGUAGGUGAAUUGCAUCAAUUAUGGAGCUGUCGAUUGAGUAAACAACAAUCAGGCAUGAUGCAGUCAGCAUUAGAAAAUAUAUUCAAAUUGAGAAAAGUUCAAUUGUACAAAUGAUGUAACUUGGGCUUUGCGUAGUUCUAAGUUGUUUGUUUUAUAGAUCCUCAAGCUGGUUUCACUGGCUGUACUAGAAAAAUUACCAUUCAUCUCCUAUAAAAGAACACACCAUCGGAUUUCACACCAUUGUGUUUCUCAAAUACUUCACACGCCGUUUGAAAGCCACCUAAAGGUGAGGAUGGUUGAUCAUGUAGAUAGAUGUGGCUUAGGUGUCAUAAAAAGAUUCACGAAUCUACAGACUGAUGUGAAACUUCACUGGAGGGUCAGUGACAUCAUUUGACGACGUGUUUUGUAUUGACUCUCUCAACGUGUUAAAUGUUUCAUUGUUUGCCAUAAAAUACUAAAAACACCAGGAAAUCAGCUCCAAGUGAUUUUUAAUUUUGGAAAUCUGUUCCCAAGUAUUCCCACGCAUAAUAGAGAGGCAAGUGAUCGUAUACAAAUGUAAGCAAGGUUUGAAAUGAUUAUGUUUUAGUCAAAUAUUAUAUCUGUUUGGGCUUCUUGCGGUCAAUUCGCAGUCUACAAAUUAUUUGUAAUUAUGUUCCGACCAUCCACUUCCGGCCCCCCGACCAUCCAAAAGUUGGCCCGCGGCUGAAUCUAGUUGAUGAUCCCUGUUGUAGGCAUUCCUGCUUGUCUUCACUGCUUGGACAUGUCUGUCAAACACAGUGAAUAACAACUUGUAGUCAUUCAAACCAGCUGUAGUGCUUAACUGUAGCCCCACUCGCCUGAGGCGUAAGGUAUGUGUGCUCUCCUUGCUCUGCCAACAGUUGAGCAGUCGUUAGCAUGCACCAGCUCGUUUCUGUGUUUUAAGUAACAACAAGGAACCAGCAUGUCAGUUUUUUGAGUCCGUUUAACAGUAUUUCUGUGUUUUUGAACUUUGAAAGAAAUAAGUCAUCAGCGUUUUGUGUUGCUUGUCAUGGAUAGGGCCCUAGGUUUUUCUUGUGCACGUGACCUGUCUUGGAAAAACUCCAUGGGCCCUUGUUUAGUUUAAAGGGCUCUCCACAGUCUACUCAACGGAUCCGACGCAGGGUCGUUUGUGUAGCUCUCUACAUAGUUCUAAGUACUUUUGUGAGGCUGCAUUUUUGGAAUGCGACUCAAACGGAGCUCCAUUUGCGUAGACUGAAAUCACUGUGGAGAGUCCUUAACUAGGGCCCACUGUUUGUCCUAGUCAGGUCUUAUGGUAUGGAAAAACUCAAGUGCUCUAGUCAUAGGAGCAGAAGGGACCCAACCCAAGUAUUAAAACCAGUGACUCACAGGGAACUCAGAAAGUUAUAUUAGAUAAUCAGUGUGAUCUGCAUGCAUGCCCCUACCUGAGCAUAUUCCCAGCUGCUAGUAUCCUGGUAAUCAAAAGGAAGAAGCACACACCCAGGUCCUUACCCAGGUCCUUAUUAUUGGGGGAGGACAGGCAGGAAGAGAGAGUAAGGGAGGUGGAGACCUCUUCAUUUCUUCCUUUUAGCCAGUUGGAUCAUAAAAUCAACAUGUUCUAUAUUUUGUCUUUAGACGGCAUAUAGUAGUCUAUGUUGUGUCGCUCUCACUCAUGUAUUGUGUUCUCAUGUCCCUAGAUGAGAGCCUCUGGACCAGCAUAAAGAUCCCCUGAAUUGGGAAGUUUGAGCUACCACAUCCUACAACAGUACCUGGGACAGCAUGGAUUCACUCCUGAGCUACAGAGGAGGUAGCAGCAGCGGCAAGUGUUUGUUGGAGGCUGAUACCAACAUAGCUAUCGACCAUCAGAAUACUAAGAUUGGAGUCUCUAUAGAGACAUGAACUGCUGUCCUUGAUCUACAGUGUGUUAUUGUGUGAGCAAGACUAAGCAGCGCUCCCACACAUCCCCUCCCACCUGGGCAAGAAGCCAUGUCUCCUCUCUCUGCCCUGGGUGUUUUCUGUGGAUUGUUCCUUCCUCUGUCUCUUAGUGAAUACAACACUCACAACUGUAUCCCACGCAAGAGUGUCCUCUACCAGGGUAAGUCCCUCACUCUCACUUCUCCCCUGUUUUCUCAUAACGGUGUAGUGAAGUUUCCUCAAAUACUAAAAUGUUGGCCUUAUAACUAGUGAAUGAACACACACACACACACACACAGUUUGUGAUACAGAGCUAUCAUUGAGUUUUCAAAUGCUUUCCUGUUUAGACAAUAUGAAGCUGUUCAGAGAGCAAGGGAUUUGUAACUACUCCACCAUGUUGGUUCGAGAGGAUUUGGGCCUGCUGCUGCUUGGGGCUCGAGAGGCUGUCUAUGCCCUGGACAUCAAUGAUAUCUCCAUCAAGAAGUCAUGGGUAGGAAGUAGAACUUCUGUUUAUUACAGGUAUUCAGAUAUCCUCUUUAGCUAUCAGUUAUCCUGUAUCAUUUGCAUACACCAAUUUUAUAAAUCACAAAUGGACUGCAAUAAAAGGCUGCUGUAACUACUUUGCGGUGACCUAAUACCAAUGCCUUGGAACCAUAAAUCCAUUACCUAGAACAUACUUUGACGUGCAGCUCUCUGUUGUGUCAGGUAUACUGGCGGGUCACUGAGGAGAAACAGAUGGAGUGCACAUACAAAGGGAAACAUGCUGAAGUAAGUGGCUCCAUCAAUCAUGAAACAGUUCUCCCCGCAGACAGCUGUGUGAAGUGAGUUGUUUAUCUGAACACCAACAGAAGACAUGACAAACAGAACCAGAUACAUACACUGAAAUCAUAUAUUACUAUAUCAACCUUGACAUUUCUCAUCCCUGUUCUCUUGCAGAUCGAAUGCCGUAACUACAUCCGGACGCUGCAUAAAGUGGAUGACGGCAGAAUGUAUGUGUGCGGGACAAAUGCUUUCAGUCCCACCUGUGAUUACAUGGUAAGUAUAGCUUGGCCAGAACAGGACAGCAGGACAUCUUCCUGUAAGAAUAGCUCUGUUGUUUGAAGCAAUCAUGUGACUGCUGCAGGCAGGCAGUUGUCACUGAAUAUUUACAGUGAGUGUGAAAUGUUUGCAUACUACAGACACCUAUCUGCCUUCCGUCUCUCUAUUGUUAGUGGCUACUGAGUGUUAACUAAUUUUGCCCUCUGGGGUAUAUUCCUGCUUCUCUCUCCCUGAAACAAUGUGAAUGAAUACAGCUAAAUAGUGGCUUUGUUUCUGACCCUGACAGACGUACUCUGAAGGACAGCUGAGACUAGAGGAAGCGCAGGAGGAGGGAAAAGGGAAAUGCCCCUUUGAUCCCUUCCAGAGAUACUCUUCCAUCAUGGUCGGUAUGUACUGUGACUCUCUGUCUGUCUCUGGUUAUCUGCCCUCACAAUCGUGCACCCAUUGAAGUUCAAAGGGCACCAACUGAAAGUGGGGUUUCAAAGGUGCAAUCUCUAACUUUCAUUUUCAGUUGAAAGUGCUGCCGCUGCACUUGUUUGUUAAUUGAGGGGGAGAGUUUGUAAAGUGAGGGGGCUGGGUCUUCUUGAAUUGAACACAUUUUUUGCUUUAUGGCUGAAUGUGUUUAUACUACUUUGAGUUGCCAGUGGCAAAAUUAAAGAUUGCACCUGUAACUCUCCAAAUAUUUACAAUAUUAUUUACUUUGCUUGAAGAUCCAUUAUGUUUCCCCGUUGUGAUUCUUGUUAUGUCUCUGAUCUGCCAGGAAAUGACCUGUACUCUGCAACCUCAAUCAACUUCCUGGGUUCUGAGCCUGUGGUUCUCCGCAGCUCUUCCUCUGCACUCCGCACCGAGUUUAAGAGCUCCUGGCUCAACGGUCAGCUCUCCCUUUCUGUUCAUACUUGUGUUAUAAACUUGUAUACUGCUAUACACCAUGCCUUAGAUUCUAUUAAUGUCUGCACCAUAUCUCCUCUAACACCUGAAGAUGAACUUUGAAUGGCAAAAUGCAUCCAUAGCAUUUUACAUACUCUAUGUGCCUUGAGUAAUAACCUAGAUCCUAUAGGUCUCUGUGUUUUGAAUUAUGAAACUUCAGCUACUCCUGUAAAACAGUUCCUGAUAGGUAGCGUAAUAAGUGCUCAUUAUGAUUUCAGAGCCCAACUUUGUGUACAUGGACCUUGUCCCCGAGAGCAAUAACAACCCAGAGGGCGAUGAUGAUAAGGUUUACCUGUUCUUCAGCGAGAACGCCAUGGAGUAUGACUUCUACAACAAGCUCAUGGUGUCACGAGUGGCUCGUGUAUGCAAGGUAACAACUUGCUACAAAUUUACUUUCAGUUGCAAUAAGUUUCAUUGGUCCAUACAUGGUAUUUUAAAUAUAAAGAAAGGAAAGUAUGUGUACACUGUUUAAACAGUGCAAGGGUAUAGUGUGUGCAUGUGUCCCUUCUCUCCAAAAGCAUUCACUUGUUUGACUAGAACUCACACUGUGUGUAGGGGGAUAUGGGCGGCCAGCGGACGCUCCAGAGGAAGUGGACGUCGUUCCUGAAGGCUCGUCUGGACUGCUCUCUGCCAGAGUCCAGCCUGCCCUCCAUUGUACAGGAUGUCUUCCUACUCAAAAACGAUGACUGGAGCAAAAGUGUUUUCUACGCAGUGUUCACUCCCCAGUCGUGAGUAUUGUCAGUAGAAUCCAGUGGCUUUAAAGUUGGCAACAUUGUUUCAGUGGGAAGGGGACUGAGAUUCUCACUAUGUUUUUAAUGGUUGCUUUACACGCACGUUUACCAUAAUCAUAGGGCCAGGAGUUUUUUCCGACCCUGUGACCUGACCAGAAACCCCAGGCUAAUAGAAGGCUAACUAUAACUAGUGCCUAGGGUAUUUUCCAAGUGGUCAGGAAAGACAUAGGGACCUAACCAUGAUAUACUGGUGGUUUGAAAACAUCAAACAUGUUUUUCUGACUGUGUGUUUGCUCUAGGAGCUUGUCCGACAUGUCUGCAGUGUGUGCGUACAGUGUGUCAGCUAUCGGAGACGUGUUCAAUAAGGGGAAGUUUAAGACGCCAGUGACUGUGGAGACGUCGCAUGUGAAGUGGGUCAUGUACAGUGGAGAGGUGCCCACCCCCAGACCUGGAGCCGUAUGUCCCAUUUUAAUAUUAUUGUGAAGAUCUAAAUGGUUUAGGGCCACAAAAGGAAAUGAUCUACUUUUCUACAGUUCAGCUACUAACUCAGCACUAAUAAAUGUAUUAUUUUCAAGUUAUUACCACUCAUCAAUCCUCUGUUGUUUUUCAGUGCAUUAACAAUGCAGCGCGGGCCCUUGGGAUGGAGCGCUCCCUGGACCUGCCAGACAAGACCCUGCAGUUCAUCAGGGACCGGCCCCUCAUGGACGAGGCCGUGCGCCCUCUGACUGGGGGUCCGCUGCUGGUCAAAAAAGGAGCCAUGUUCACACGACUGGUGGUGGACAACGUGCAAGCUCUGGAUGGAGAGAGAUACGCAGUCAUGUUCAUCGGCACAGGUACUGUACAGCGCACACACAGCCCUAGAACAGACUUCUUCUGGCAGUGGAUCUCAGACAAUGACAUGGGUGUCCUUCUCUCCUUACAGAGAACGGCUAUGUGCAGAAGGCAGUGAACUACGCUGGGGAGAUGUUCAUCAUUGAGGAAAUACAGCUGUACCAGACCCCAGAGGCUAUCAGGACGCUACGCCUCUCCUCCAGCACGGUAACACUAACUCAGUCAAUCAAACUUGAUUUGUAUAGCGCAUUUAACAAAUGCGUUCUUCACAAAGUUCUUAUUGGCAACUCUGGUUUAAACUCCCAAGGUGCAGCAACAUUUUACGAAGCAUUUUGCAAAACAACGUUUUACUGAUAUUGUGGUCAUUCAUACAAUGUAAACAUAAGGGUUUUACGGGAUCAAUGGCAGUUUAUUGUUGUCUCCUGGCAUUUCUGCAGACCGAUGGUUACUCAUUUACUUUUUAUUUCCUUGGCACUUACAAUAGAUCAUUCGAGGAGAAUGGCAUUGUGUCAUUGCUGUUACCAACAGUGGGUGGAACAGACUCAUCGAGCUGCUGACACUCAUGUGGUAUUGGUUUGUGUUCUUGUUUCCCCAGGGUCAGCUGUAUGCAGGCUCAGAGUAUGGAGCUGUGCAGAUGCCUCUGAGUGACUGUGGCCGCUAUGAGUCGUGUCUGGACUGUGUCUUGGCCAGAGACCCUUACUGUGGAUGGGACCUCACCACUGGCAUCUGCUCUUCUGUGGCCAGCUCAUCCUCUGACAUGUACGUUUUCACUGUAGACUAACCUCUGACUUUAAAUAAAGAUUAGUGUGUUUACUAUAUGUUAGAAUUUAAGUAUACCCUAAUGUUUCAAGUUUAUUUAUCUUUCAGGAACAUGAUUCAAAGUCUAAAAGAUGGUAAUAUAUCAAAAUGUCCAAAAUCAGGUAAAUUGAUUUCACAAUAUUUAAAUGUUCAGCACACUACGAACAAAGAACAGAUGUAGUCAUCACUUCCUUUGACGAGUAGAUGCACAUAGGAAUGCUUGCGUUUUUGUGUGUAUUGCAGAGACUGUGAAGCCAGAGAACUACACCUUAGUCCCUGGGAACAACAUCAAGCUGCCGUGCCAUCCUGACUCCAACCUGGCUCAGGUACACUGGCUCUUCUUAGGGCAACAGCUGCCGUCUGAUGCCAAGUAUUACAUCUACAACGGAGGGAUCCUCAUUCUUAAUGCCUCUGCCACCGACGCGGGCCAGUACACCUGUGAGUCUGUAGAGCAGGUGAACAGCAGACCGCACACCAGGACUAUGGCAGUCUAUCAACUGCAGCCCCACACUAACACAGAGGAUGAGGAGGAGGCGAGUGAGACGACGACAGAGUCCCCCCAUAGCCACAAUACCCCACUACCAGAGCUCCUGGAGGUGCCACAUACUUUGGAGCCCCCUCUCCCUCCUGAGUCACGGAGUGAAGAUGGCAGGGUGGUAGGCCUGCAGGUGGCGGUAGCUCUCCUCUCUCUGAUGCUGGUUGGUCUAGUAACCUGGAAUCUGUAUAAAGGAAGCUUUAGAAACAGAUCUUCAGAGAACUCAGGUGCCUGCCAGGUGAAAAGGCUGUCAGUUGACUACAUGCACAUUCAAAACAAUAGGACUUCAGAAAUGAAGUUGCUGGGACCUACACCCAGUCAUAACGCUAACAAUAACCAUCACACAGUCAUAGCUUUCAAAGGGAAUGGGGAGCACCACUUUUCUCCAGGACACAACAUUUCCACUAUGGACGGUUUGGGUUACAUUGACAACGAGUCAGAGAUCUGACCCUGAGUGUUCACCACUCUCUGGGGGUUUGCCCUCUUUCUCUCUUACCAGGCAGCUGAUUUAGGACACUAAGGCCAUGUCAGGCUCUGUAUAUUGGACUUAGAGGCACGUUUGUUAUAUUUUUCUAGGAAUUGUCCAUAAAAACAUUUCCCCACCAGGUUGAAUUUAUUUUGUGUAGUCAUGCCAUAAUGCAAAUAUACAGUGAGCUCCAAAAGUAUUGUGCCCAAUAGAAAUUAAUGGUAAAUCAUGUAUUGUGUCAUUUGAGUCAGCUUUAUUGUAAAUAAGAAUAGAAUAUGAUUCUAAACACUUCUACGUUAAUGUGGAUGCUACCAUGAUUACAGAUAGUCCUGAAUAAAUUGUGAAUAAUGAUGAGAAAGUUUCAAAUCACAAAUAUCAUACCCCCAAUACAUGUUAACUUCUCACUAUU